AUGCUGCUGGGGCCCCAGGAAAGGUCCUCCUCAAAGAAGAGGAUGGGGCUGAAUCGCUGGAAACGGUUCACAAAGAAGCCGAGUCCCAAGCCUGCUUUUGACCCUGACAAUGUGGAACACUGGAUUAAGAGAGUGGAGAAAGCCUCAGAAUUUGCAGUUUCGAAUGUAUUUUCUGGCAAAAAAUCAGAUUUACCCAGAAGGCUUUGGGGCCAAAUCUUAGAUUUGGAAAAAUCUGAGCAAAUAGAGGAUCACGAUGAAGUCUAUGCAGAAGCUCAGGAGUUGGUGAAUGACUGGUUAGACGCAAAACUUAGGCAGGAAUUAGCAAGUGAUGGAGAAGGUGAUGCUGAAAACACUCUGUCAAGUAUCACUCAUACGCCAGAAGCCAGUGGCCAUUUGAAAUAUGACAAGUUUGAUGAUUUAUGUGGCUAUUUGGAAGAAGAAGAGGAAAGUACCACCAUUCAAAAAUUUAUAGACCAUCUGCUUCAUAAAGAUGUGGUGGAUUCUGGGAUAUUGGAAGAUCUUGGAAUGAAGGGAAACCAAGACAAGAAACAGCAGAAGGAUCCUCGUCUUACCAUGGAGAUGAGACAUAAGCAGGUAAAAGAAAAUCGCUUAAGACGUGAGAAAGAACUGGAGUGCCAGAGAAUGGAAGAGGUCCUGAAAAAAUCGGCCUUCUUGGAGGCUCAGUAUCUGGUGCAAGAAGAGAAGAAAAGGAAGGCUCUGGAGGCCAAGAAAGAGGAGGAGGAGAUUCAGAGGGAGAUGGUAAAGCUGCGGAGGGAGAUAAUUGAGAGGAGACACACUGUGGAAGAAGCAUGGAAAACGGAGAAGAAAAGGCAAGAUGAAAAUUCUCAAAAGAAUCCAGAAAAAGGCAUGUUUCAAAGUGCUCAUAUUCUUCUGGAUGAAGAAAAAAUGGCAAAGGAAAGAAAAAGGAAACUGAAAGAGUUAUUAAUCCAGACUUUCAAGGAAAAUCACCAGUGUCAAAAACGGUAUUUCUCUGCCUGGCACAAGCUGAUUCUUGAUCAUAGGAUUAAACUGGGGAAAGCUGGGACCCUGUCCGACUGGAAGUUGCAGCUGAAGGUUCUGAGAGCCUGGAGAGACUACACACGAUCCCAGAAGUUGGAACGGGAGACUCAAGCAUUGGAAGAUGAUCUUAGGGAAGAAAACAGAAAACAGCAACUGGCCGCUGAGUAUAACCGGAAACAAGUUCUCCGACACUGCUUUACAGAAUGGCAGCAAUGGCAUGGUGCAGAGCUCAUAAAGAGAGAGCUGGCUCUAACAAAGGAGGAAACGAGGAAGAAAAUGGAGGAGCUGCUGAAGGCAGUAUCACUAGGGAAGCUCAGUGCAAAUGGGUCAUCAGGCAUCAGUCUACUUGAGGAGGCCACAGCCACAGUGGGUCCACCAGUAAGAAAUGGAGAGGUGACUGCUGUGCCCCCUUUGUGGGAAAAGCCUCCCUUGGGGAGCAAUAGUUGUAUACCCAGACUUCCACUAGGAAGAACAACAAAGGGCAACUUGCAGGAUCCCCUUCAGAAUACCCUUCUGAACACACCUGACAAUAAGCAGCUCAAGACCCUGGAUGCUGAGCCCUCCCAACAACCUGGCAGCAAUGGGAAGUUUGGAACCACCAACCAGAAAGCAGAACCCAUUUGCAUGGGUCAUUUCCACAACCGCCAUGUCUUCCAGCAACAGCUGAUUGAGAAGCAAAAGAAGAAACUUCAGGAACAGCAGAAAACAAUUCUUGAGCUGAAGGAAAACCAGCGGCUGGCAGAGGCUCGGUGGGCAGCUGAGCAUGCUACAGUAGUCACAGAAACACAGAGCCGCCUGUUGUCAAAUCCCAGAGGAGAAGAGGAACCAAAAAGAACCUGCCAGAUGACUCUGAAUUCACCUGUUGCUUCCCCUGGGACUGAAGUCAGUAGAAGUGACUCCCGAAAUUCUCUUUCUGGACCCAGAAGGAACCCAAAGCAGCUGACGGCACCCCAUCCCAUACUGAAAGCCAUGGAAGAGAGAGCGAUUCAACGAGCUGAACGUAGGCGGAUCUUGGCAGAGAGGAAGAAAAAACAAGAAGAAGAGAAAUUGGCCCAGUUAAAGGCCCAAGAGGAAGAGUGUCAAAAGAGGGAGGCUGAAGAAAAACAGGCUCAACUUGAGAGAAAACGAGAAGAAAAGAGACUGAAGAAAGUGAAAGAACUAGAGAAGCAGAAGAGAAUUAAGAGGAACCAGCAACUGGAAGAAAUAGCCAAAGAACAUUAUAAAAGGGUCUUGAUAAGAAAAAAAGGUCUGGAGCCUUGGAAGAGAUUGAGAAUGCAAAACAAGCAAAACAUCCAGGUGGCAGAAGAACAUCACUCUUUGGCCCUACAGAGGAAAUGCCUGCUGACUUGGUUCCAGCAUAGUCGAGAAAGUCUGGCUGGGAAGACAGCCCAGGCUGAUCAAUUUUAUUCCCAAAUAUUGCUCAGGAGAGUUUUCCGGAGCUGGCUACAGUACCAGACUAAUCUAGAGGAAGAAGUAAGAAAACUUUGUGUACAUUUUCUUCAGAAGAAGAUUUUCGAGGUCUGGCUUAAUGUGGUCAGAGAGGCAAAGGUGGAUUCUCAGAACAAGCGUGAGAUUGCGGCGGAGCAUAGUGACAGGAGGAUUCUCUGGAUCACAUUUCAGACAUGGAAGAAGUUUACCAAAUUUAUGAAAGAGGAAAAAGUAAAGGAAGAAAGGCGAGAGCAACUCCGUAGGAAGGUAGCCGAAAUUCUUCCAGACUUCCAGAUGCUAGCACCAUGGUGACUAGUAGU